GGAUCGCACUACAACCCUCACAACUCUUCAAAGCCAAUUUGGUCUUUUGACCAAUGAUUUGAUUAACGAUAGUAUUAAUGCCAUGAUGGCAGUGCUUUUCCUGAAUACUGCAAGACGAUUACGAUCACGAUCAUCAACUCCAACCCUACCAGAAAAUUUUUAUUUUGAUGAGUUAGAGGAUUGGUCUUAUUCACCACCACGUUCUGUUGUAGCAAGAGAUAGUUAUGAAGCUGAGAUUCUUAAGGACAGACUGAAUCUUCCUCCAAAUUACUGUGAGGAUGGAAAUUUUCCAUUGGUUCCAUGCCAUGCUCAUGACGUACCUGCAUCGUUUACGAAGAAUGGAAGAAACAUGUCUUCUAAACAACUAUGCGAUGAUGAGAUUGAUAAGAUUUUUGCUACAAUGACGGCGAGAGAUGUUCAAAAAGUGUGGCAGCAGUUCCUCGUUAACAUUAAUAUUCCUGCAAUUCGUGAAGACUCUACCAUUGCUAAUAAUUUUGAAAAGUUACUUUCUGAUGUAGUUCGUGCUGGACUAUGGGUGAUAAAUUUUUUUCAACCAAAAGAUGCUCAAGCAAUAUUUUUUAACUUAAAUAAUGACUUGUAUACUGUUAAUUUGAAUGUUUUAACUCUUAGUGGUUGGAAUGUUGCAUCAUCAAUUGAUUUAAGUCACUACAACUUUACGGCUCAAAAAGGUCCUGAAGCUAUUGAAUAG